UUUUAUUUUAGGUGUAAUUAAUGAGGACAGCACAUUAUUUUUCCGUGCCAAACGUUUUUUUAAAUCCAAAAUCCUUUUUCUCGGUUCCAUGUGCUUCGGAAAUGUUGGGUAUAUUUGUAAUUUUAAGUACAACUAAAUCAGAAACUAUGCUAGUUCCAAUAACUGAAAUUACAAAAAAAUGUUUAAUACUGAAAAAUACGGACCAAAUUGAUUCUUUUAUUACAAUACCGCUUCUUCAUACGAACAAUUAAAUGCUGUACAUUGUUGUUAAUUUGAAUGUACUUAAACAAUUCAAGAAACAUAUUAUGUGCAGUGAAUAUAAGUUAUUGCAACGUAUUUGUUCGUCUCGAGUAAAUAAAUACUUGCACACUUGCAAAUGUGAAAAUGUUAUCCGUAUGAAAUGAAACAAAUAUUUGUAAGAUUAAAUAGAAAGAUAAUGGAUCGUCGCGAAACUGUUAUAAAUAAGAAAUAUUCCGUUGUGAAAUUUCUUAUAGAUAAUUUAUAUUCCGAAAUACCUACAUCAUGGCUUAUGCACGAUGGUAGUAAGCAGCUAUGCUUGUGGCCGCCACGGACAGCAAAUGUCGCAUCCUUAAUAGGGAAUUGCAUAAGUUCAAAUUUAGAAACUUGGGAUCCAUAUGAAGUUGACGUUAUAAAAUCCUGUACAUCUCUAGAAUCUGCAAGAAGAAGUGCAGCUAACUCUAAUUAUGAAACUACCGAUGAAGACAGCUUGGGACGUGGCAAAAGGCAACAUAUAUCCAAUCGAUACAGCAGCGAAAAAGAGGAAAAAGAACACAAUAUAUGUCGACUAUAUAAGAGUAUGUAUGUUACAAGAACAUGCUUUAUUAUGCUUAAUAUAUAGUGUCUAAAUUUUUCCGCAAGUCCAUUCAUGUACUCAUAUAUGAAGUAAAACUAAACAUAAAAGUCCUCUACCAUUUUGCUAAUAACGUACAAUAAUAUAAAACGUAAUUAUACAAUUUUUAGAUAUUAAAUAAAAAAACUGUGAAUUUCAUCAUGCAUGAAACUACAUGUAGUUAUAAUAUCGACGUUUGAUAUUGCAUACUUAUACAUUACAUUAAGAACGAGAAAAUCUUUCAGUAUUAAAAAAAAAUACAUAACAUUUGGUUAUUUAUUACAAAAGAUUGCUAAGUAAUCGUAUGCGAUCAAUCACUAAUUUUAUUUCAUUAAUAACUUGAAAUUUUAUGUGGCAAAAUGGUAGAGAACUUUUUGCUCAGUUUGACCCAAUCUACAAUUAUGCAAUAUCACACGUUGCCAUUACAACUAUGUACUAU